AUGGGGCCUACCCUGGCAGUCCCCACCCCGUACGGCUGCAUCGGCUGUAAGCUGCCACAGCCAGACUACCCACCGGCUCUAAUCAUCUUUAUGUUCUGCGCAAUGGUUAUCACCAUCGUCGUAGACCUGAUCGGCAACUCCAUGGUCAUCUUAGCUGUGACGAAGAAUAAGAAGCUUCGAAAUUCUGGCAACAUCUUCGUCGUUAGCCUCUCCGUGGCCGAUAUGCUGGUGGCCAUCUACCCCUAUCCUCUGAUGCUGCAUGCCAUGGCCAUUGGGGGCUGGGAUCUGAGCCAGUUCCAGUGUCAGAUGGUUGGAUUCAUCACAGGGCUGAGUGUGGUCGGCUCUAUCUUCAACAUCAUGGCAAUUGCCAUCAACCGUUACUGCUACAUCUGCCACAGCCUCCAAUACGAGCGGAUCUUCAGUGUGCGCAAUACCUGCAUUUACCUGGUCAUCACCUGGGUCAUGACCGUCCUGGCAGUCCUGCCCAACAUGUACAUUGGCACCAUCGAGUAUGAUCCUCGCACUUACACCUGCAUCUUCAACUAUCUCAACAACCCUGUCUUUGCUGUGACCAUCGUCUGCAUCCACUUUGUCCUCCCUCUGCUCAUAGUGGGUUUCUGCUACGUGAGGAUCUGGACCAAAGUGCUAGCAGCCCGUGACCCGGCUGGGCAGAAUCCCGAUAACCAGCUUGCUGAGGUUCGCAAUUUUCUAACCAUGUUUGUGAUCUUCCUCCUCUUUGCAGUGUGCUGGUGUCCUAUCAACGUGCUCACUGUCUUGGUGGCUGUCAGUCCAAAGGAAAUGGCAGGCAAGAUCCCCAACUGGCUUUAUCUUGCAGCCUACUUCAUAGCCUACUUCAAUAGCUGCCUCAACGCUGUGAUCUACGGGCUCCUCAAUGAGAAUUUCCGAAGAGAAUACUGGACCAUUUUCCAUGCUAUGCGGCACCCUAUCCUGUUCCUCUCUGGCCUCAUCACUGAUGUUCGUGAGACUCGGGAAGCUCGGGCACGGGCACGGGCCAGGGCCCGGGCUCGUGACCAAGCCCAUGAACAAGAUCGUGCCCAUGCCUGUCCUGCUGUGGAGGAAAUGCCAAUGAAUGUCCGGAAUGUUCCACUACCUGGUGAUGCUGCAGCUGGCCAACCUGAGCCUGCCUCUGGCCACACCAAACCAGCUUCUGGCCAUUCCCGGGCUGCCUCUGCCUACCGCAAAUCUGCCUCUGGCCACCAUAAGUCUGUCUUUAGCCACUCCAAGCCUGCUUCUGGCCACUCCAAAUCUGCGUCUGGUCACCCCAAGUCUGCCACUGUAUAUCCUAAGCCUGCCUCUGUCCAUUUCAAGGCUGACUCUGUCCAUUUCAAACCUGCCUCUGUCCAUUUCAAGGCUGACUCUGUCCAUUUCAAGCCUGCCUCCAAUCACCCUAAGCCUGUCACUGGCCACCACAUUCCUGCUGGCAGCCACUCCAAGUCUGCCUUCAGCGCUGCCACCAACUACCCUAAAACCACGACUGGCUACAUCAAGCCUGCCACCACCCACCCUGAGCCCACUGUUGCUGAUAAUCCUGAGCCUGCUGCCACCAGCCACCCUGAGCCAGCAAUUGCUGGCCACCCGGGGCCUGCCGCUGCCAGCCACCCUGAGCUCACUGUGUCCUGUCACCCUGAGACCACUGCCGCCGGCCACUUUGAGUGUGAUGUCACUGAUCUCCUUGAGCCUGUCUACAGCCCUGACAGUGGGUCCCCUGAGCCUGCUGCCAGCCCACUGGAACUUGCCACUGCCUCCCACGGUCCUGACCCCACUGUGAUCACCACUACCACCAGUGAUUAUCAUAAGAUUGUGAUCAUUGAUGUUGAAGCUGAUUCUGAUGAAAUGGCUGUGUGA